AUGACACUACCAACCUCUUCCUUUAAUAACUUUAAUAACUCUAAUAAUGCAGAACUUUUGGCAUCCGCUCUUACAUCAUUAACAGGUUCAAAAGUUAUAACUCAAACAGAAUAUUUAAAUCUCGCAUCAUCAAAUGGAAAUAACGCGACCUAUCAAAAUAUAAAUCUUUUAUCACUUCAUAAUUCUCAUUUAGUUUCAACCUCUCAACAAAAUAAUGAAAAUCUUUCAUGUUUAUAUAAUUAUUAUAUUUUACAAGAAACACAACAAUUUAUUUAUUUUUCUAAUUCCCAAUUUAUUUCAACUUAUUCUCCUAAUUGUUCUAUAAAUCAUGUACCAUUAUCUAUUCCAAUUGUAAAUAAUAAUAAUUUUCAACAAAAUUCUCAACAACAAAUUCAACAACAACAAAUUUUACAAGAAUCACAAAAUUUAAUUACAAUUACUAUUAAUAUUAAAGCAUUAAAUGGUCAAAUAAUUCAAAUUAAUAAAGUACCAAUAACAGCAAAAAUUUCUUUUAUAAAAUUUUAUAUUGAAAAUAAAACAAGAAUUCCAUCAAAUAAACAACGAUUAAUUUAUUCAGGAAAUCAUUUAAAAGAUAAUUUAACUUUAUUAGAUUAUAAUAUAUUAGAUAAUAAUUCAAUAAUAUAUUUAAUUGGACAAAUAUUUGGAGAUGUAAUAAGUUUUAUAGAUUCAGAUUUUCUUGAUCCAAUGUAUGAUUGUGAUUUUACGAAUAUAAAUGAUAAUAAUAAAAGAUUUAUGAGAGGAUCACAUGAAUAUCGUAGACCAUGCGGAUGGAAACGUAUAGCAGUUAAAGUAUUAAAUAAAUAUGAAGAUAAUUAUUGGUUAGGAAAAGCAGCCAAAAAAGGUACUUGGAGGUAUGAAUCAGAUCCAAUGGAAUGGCCUGUAUCUUAUCACGGUACAAAUAAAUUUAACGCAAAAUCUAUCGCUGAAACUGGAUUUGAUGUAACAAAAGGAAAAAGAUUUAAAUUUGGACAUGGAAUUUAUUCUACACCGGAUAUUAAUAUUGCAGCAUUAUAUGCAAAUACAUUUAUUCAUAAUAAUGAAGAAUAUUGUCUAGUAUUUCAAAAUAGGGUUAAUCCUAAAACUUUAAUUAGAAUUCCUACUAAUAUUGGUGAAUAUUGGAUAAGUCCAAAUAGUGAAGAUAUUAGACCAUAUGGUAUUUGUAUUAAAAAACUUUUACCACGGAAUUAA